CCCGAAUCCUGCGAGGGGAGAGUGGUGGUGCUGGUGAGACGGCCUGACGGCCAUAAUCAAAAUCAAACAAAAGUGUUUUUGCGAAAAUGAAGGACAUUUGACGCCUUAAUUUCAUAUUUGAUGUCAUUUUAGUGGCGAUUGUUAAAAAACGGUAUACAGAUGAGCGCUAAAUUAGAUGUAAACAGACGUGUCUUAGCUAUUCAAGCUAAAAAAAAGAGACACAAGCCCGCAAAAAAGAAAGGAAAAAACGAUAUGAACGGACAUGGAGGUGAAAAUCGGCAUAGUUCAAAAACGGAGCCCUCUCACAGCUCGAGCAAUGAAACCAUCGAGGAUCCGGACGAGCCUUACACGAGCGAAGAGGAGGAACAAGAGGAUAGCACCGACUACCGCAAAGGGGGUUACCAUCCCGUCAAAAUCGGCGACCUGUUCCUCAGCAGGUAUCAUGUAACGAGGAAACUGGGCUGGGGCCACUUCUCCACGGUGUGGCUCUGCUGGGACCUCGAAGACAAGCGAUUCGUCGCCCUUAAGAUCGUCAAAUCCGCCGAGCACUUCACCGAGACCGCUCUGGACGAGAUCAAAAUCCUGAAAGCCGUUCGCGAGUCCGAUCCCCUCGAUCCCAAGCGCAAUAAGACAGUCCAACUGUUGAACGACUUCAAGAUCAGCGGCGUCAACGGCGUGCACGUUUGCAUGGUGUUCGAGGUGUUAGGCUACCACUUACUGAAACUCAUAAUAAAAUCCAACUAUCGGGGCAUCCCGUUGGCCAACGUGCGCACCAUAAUGAGGCAGGUGCUGGAAGGGCUCGACUAUCUGCACACCAAGUGCAAGAUCAUCCACACUGACAUCAAGCCCGAGAACGUGCUGCUGUGUAUAUCGGAAGAGGCCAUCCGACGGUUGGCCUGCGAGGCCGCAGAGAUGCACCAGUUGGGCCUGAAGCUGCCCACCUCCUUAGUCAGUACGGCGCCCAUUAUAGAAACUAAGUUAAGUAAAAACAAGAAGAAAAAGCUGAAAAAGAAAGCCAAAAGACAGAACGAGUUACUCAAGAAACAGAUGGAGCAGAUUAUCGAAAUCGAAGAGCAGAAAAAGGUGAAGGAAAAUGGGGACGUAAACGAUGUAGAUAAAAGGGAAUGUGACGAGAACAAGGAGAUGGACGACAUUAUCGAUAUCGAAGAUGAGAAAAAAGAAAAAGAUAAUCAGGAUCUUAUAGAUAUAAAUGAAUUGAACGUUAACGGCGAUGCUGAAUUUAACGGAACAUGCUCCCCGAAUCUCAGUACGGAAACCACGCCGGAAACGGAAGACAAAGUAGACGAUAAUUUCUGCGUGUGCAACAAUCUGGGCAGCGGCGAAGCCCCUCGAGAAGCGCCCGCUGUCGAGGAUCUUCUCACCGAGCACAUGUCUGAGGACGAUUUGACGUCUUUAAAUUCCAAUCAAAAGAAGGUCGACCUCGAUCCUUCGUUCAUAGCUUUUGUAGAAUGUAAUUUCGACGUGAAAAUCGCUGAUUUAGGUAACGCCUGUUGGGUGGACAAGCACUUUACGGAGGACAUCCAAACCAGGCAAUAUAGGUCAUUAGAGGUGUUGUUAGGCGCAGGUUAUAACACUUCGGCGGACAUUUGGAGCACCGCUUGCAUGGCGUUCGAAUUAGCGACGGGUGACUAUCUGUUCGAGCCGCAUUCCAGCGAGGACUUUUGCCGAGACGAGGACCACCUGGCGCACAUAAUCGAAUUACUAGGAAAUAUACCGCGGAAGAUCGCCCAGAGCGGCAAGAAUUCGAAGCUGUUCUUCAACAAGAAGAGCGAACUCCGUCACAUAACCAAUCUGAAGCCGUGGGGCCUGGAGGACGUCCUCAUGGAGAAGUACGACUGGAGCCGGCAGGACGCCGAGGAGUUCGCCGCCUUCCUGAAGCCCAUGUUGGAUUUCGAUCCGAACAAGCGCGCCACGGCCGCCGAUUGCUUAGAGCACCCGUGGUUGAAUAAGAAAUGAGCCCGCAGCUCGCUCUCUCUAGGUGACUGAUUUUUCAUAUAUGAUUUCGCUUAUUAUUUUCGAUUCGACUAGUGCAUUAGUACUGUUCAAAAUUUUGAUUUCCUCAUUAACGCAUUACGAAACCGACAGUUUUUUUUUAAUUUAUUAACUGGUUUGACUGGGCCUUCAUUUAAUGUACAUAGCAAUUUGUAAUAGAAGAAAAAUUGUGAUUUAUGUGUUUUAUAGACAAUAUAAAUGUCCUCCUUGGGUUUCUGUUUUAUUCUCGUCUAUGAGGACAGUGAUUAAAUAACAGUCUAUCCAAAUGAAGUGAAUUAGUAAAAACAUUUUAAAAUCGUGUCGUUUGUGAAUUCUAUUAAAUUGGGUACGACAAGUUUUACGUGCAUUAUGACUUUAAAAUAAAUCUCAUAUUUUUCUAAUCUCGCAUAUUAUUCAGUAUUCUGGUCAUAUUUGAGUUGAUGGAUAAAGUAUUCUUUAAAAUAAUUCAUCUUUGAAUUACAAUUGCUCUAAUCAAUGUAAUAAGUGUUGUAUUUUUCGCUGUAUCGAUGGGUAGGGCAGGGUUUGACCUAUUUUUGAAGUAUUGAUAAAUUUUAUUACAUUUUGCUGUAUCAAAACAUAGCCCAGUGGCCUAAUUCAUUUUACUUAAUUUACAAAUCAUCAGAAAUGUGCAAAUCGCGUCAUCCUAUCAUCUAUAAUAAAUGAGGUAAUUACAAAAACUAUACAGGGUGAUUCAUAAAUAGUUAUAAAAAAUCAAUGGAAUGGAAAUAAUACAGACCAAUAUAAUCCGGUAAUGGAAAAUAGAGUUAUUUGCCGUAUUUUGAUCUGUAGUUUCAGGUUUUUUUUUUGAUUUUUUAUAGACUUCUAUCAGGUAACCAUAUCACCUGUUCACUGGGCUAACUGCACAAAAUGCACCUCUAAGUAAUAGCUGCUCACACGACACGUUUUUAGAACGUCCCAAAAAAUCAAUAAUACUCGAAAUGUCUUGUUAAUUGUGUAGAAUAGAUUUCGUAGCUUUCACUCGAUAUUGUGUAGUGAAUUUUAAAUGGAAGAAAAGUAUUAGCGUUUCUUUUGAACAAAAACGCAAAAGUCGUCCGAGAAUCGACCAAAAAUUUCGCUUAUUGGUUAUACUCGUGGGAUUUUUGUGUUUUUUCUAAACGCGUUUCCGUACAAACCAGCCACAUUGGUAGUUCGACAAUGUCGCAUCAUUGAAGACUUAGUGAUAACUAAAUAUAUGUAAAAAGUUCCUUUGAACUGAAUUUAAUGUACCGCCUGAUUUGAAAAUAAUAUGUCGCUUUAACUUUGAUUAUGGCUGUGAAUGCUUGAUAAUGGUGGUGUACAUGAUUGUUAAACAAAAACGUAGUUGUACCCAAAAUUUGGUAGUAAAGUGCUCUUAAAAAAUCGCUUUGUAAAUGUGGUGUUUGGUAGGUUUUUCUUCCAUUUGUGGGUCUUCAGUUGAUAUUUUUUGGACGCAAAUGAAAUGCUUGUUUCAUCAUUAUUUUUGGUCUUUUGAAUGUCAUUUUUCCAUACACAGUGGGUCAUAAGUUGUGUAAAAAUUAUUACACUUGGAGCUUUAUCAAAAUUUGAAAAAUACUACUUUAAUCAUUUGUGUACGACUUAUGGCUAACCCUGUAAUAUAAUUUAUCGUUCGUUAAUUCAAAUUCAAAAACAGAUAACAGACGGUUUCAAAAUUGUGACCUGAAAUUUAUGCUGCAUCAGAGCAAAUGCUAGAUAACAAAUUAGCGUACUAUGAUGAUAAUUAAUGCAAAAUGUUGAUCCUCGCUUUAAUUUGAGCUAGUUCGAGGCUUGAGACUCAUUUUAUUUGUACAAUCGUUGCAAUCUAAAUUUUUUUCAACAUUACAUUGCCUGAAUUUUGAAUUUUAGUUCUAUUUUUCCCAGUAUCUAUUUAAAUUGUACAAUUUCUUGUCAAGCAAAACGAGCUUAGCUAAGUAAAAAUUGACGUUAGUGAUUUUGUUAAACCAGUGUUAAUUGGAAUAAAUUUUUAAUUGUUAGGUAUGCUUGUAGGCACCGAAAUCUUGCCAUACGUUUCGUUUAAUAGCAGAGUGUAGUAAAAACUAUUUAAGUAAAUGUAAGAAAGCUAUUGGUAUUGUGUGUCGAAUUUUACUUAAAUUAUUUUUACUCUACUGAUGCUAAUUACUUAUUAAUCACCAGUAGAAUUAUUUGUAGCAAGAUUCAUUCUUAAGCAAACUCACAAAGUUUCAUUUUUUAUUAAAAAACCGUCAUUUUAAGGAAUUGAUAUCGCGUUUGUUUGUUUCUCUAUGGAGCUUCCCGUAGUGACAUUAUAGUGUGGAUAGAUUGGUGUUUGAUCGAACUCCCUUUAAUUGCUUUUUCCAAACGACGUUCCAAUUGAUGAAAAGAAACGUUGUAGAGUGGAGCAAUUAUAGAUGAGUUUAUUCAGUUUUUAGUUUUAGAAAAACGUUAGAGUCAGUGACUUGUGUCAUGAAAUUCCAUACUAGAAGCACCAAUAUUUAUAUGAAAAAAAAACC